AUGGAUUCCUUUCCCGAAGCAAUUGUCAACAGAAUUGUGUUCUGGCUAACUGAUGGUCUGUUGAACUUAGACCUGGCAGCCGAUAAGGAGAAGUUCCCCAGAGAUGAUAAGCCAGCCCUUCUGUUUUCAGCGAACUCGUUUAAGUUCGAUAACUAUAACGAUGUUCUACUGCUAUCAUCUACAUGCAAGCGGCUACGUCAGCUCUGUGGCCCAGGGCUCUUCAGUUUCUUGAGUUUGGUCCGGAUCUCAGAAAUGGACUCCAUUCUUAACUAUCCGAAACGAAUGGACAAAUUCAGUGACCCUAUGGGCCUCCGACGGGCUUACAUGAAAGAAGUGUUAGAAACAAGCUUUACAUUCUGUGGUUAUGCCGAGGAGGCUCGACGUAGCUUCCUGUCUCCACAAAAGCUAGACUCUUCUCUCUAUGAGCAUGAUUUGAGCAUCAAUAACUACGUGACACAUCUUGAAGCAUCAAAUGACGUUCUAAAAUGUGGCGAGUUAGCAAAAUUUCCGAGACUUAAGCACCUCAAGCUUCUUGAUCAGGCGCUUGAAGUAGACGAUACUAAGACCAGCAUUGCUGUUUGCCCAAGCUUGAAUUCACUUUCCAUUCAUUUCAGCUCUUUGCUUCAUUCCAAUGGGCUCAUGCAAUUGGUUCCUCAAUUAACGAGAUUGGAUAUAAUAUGUGACUUUAAUUCCCUUGAUCCAUCAAACAGCUUUGGGAAAGUCAUCGAUACCCUCCAAGCGACUCAAUUGCAUUUAAAGCAACUCAAUUUGUUCGUAAAUGAACCCAGAGUUCUUCUAUAUGAGGACUUUCUCGCCUUUUUGGACUUUAUCCUCUCUGAUUCUCCUUUGGAAUCGCUAUCUAUACGCUUGACCAGAAGACAGACGUCUGGAACACGAUAUUGGACCAUUGUAUCAUCUUUUAGUGGACCUUUGCUCCUUGAUAUCCUAUCUAAGGGCACCUUCCUCGCCGAUGUCAUCACUGAUUUCAACAUCAUUCAGCCGCUUGAAUUCCCUGAGGAAUAUGAGGUUAGUAAGCGGGCCGGGAAACUUCCAGCAAGAGUAGGCUUCACGCUUGUUGACUACAGUCUUAAUGUCCCAAAGCUUUUGUUCAACCCUCGGAAAAUUGUGGCUAACAUCGUCGGUUGCAUAAAUGCUACUCAAGUCAGUUUCGUUUACGGGGAAGUGAUUGACAACGCCCAUCUACAUGCAAUUGGCCUAAUGAGUAACCUUUUGAUAUACAUCGGAACUGGAAGUAGUGCCGAAGACCCUUAUUGUGGUGUCAAAGUCGUUACUUUAGAGAAAGCCUGGUCAAUGGCUGACGAUACUCUAGUGAGGAGCCAUUGCGAAAGGAUGGUUGAUGACUGGGACGCAGCUCCAGCUGGAAGCGCCACCAGAAGCGACAUGAAACGGCAGAUUACUGCUAUAUCAAGAGCCCAACAAUACGAAUUCAGUUCACCUCGCUACCGGCGUCGUGAAAACUACGUUGUCAUUCCACAGCCAUGUGUCUUGUCUAGAGGUGGAGGAGUACCCAUCAUGCUCCCUAUACAAAAAGGAAGAGUACCACCUGAUACAUUUUCCACAGUUGAAAGCUCUUUAAGAGAUAUGGAGCAUUACUGUUUUCACGAUAAGGCGCUCAACGUUCCAGCUCAAGACUUUAUCAACGCCUACGCUCAGUUCUUGCAGCGUCAAGGUAAGUUGGAGGUUCCAGGUUACGUUGAACUUGUCAAGACCUCCGCCGGUAACGAGUUGCCACCCCAGGAAUCCGAGACCUGGUUCUACAAGAGAGCUGCUUCUGCUGCCAGACACAUUUACUUGAGAAAGCACGUUGGUGUCGGUAAGUUGAACAAGUUGUACGGUGGUGCUAUCAACAGAGGUUUCAGACCACACAAGCACGCUGACGCUUCCGGCUCUGUCAACAGAAAGGUUGUUCAGGCCUUGGAGAAGAUUGGCGUUGUUGAGAUUUCUCCAAAGGGUGGCAGAAAGAUCUCUGAAAACGGUCAGAGAGACUUGGACCGUAUUGCUGCUCAGACUUUGGAAGAAGAUGACGAGUAA